AUGUCAAUCGCACGAGAGAAAAUUGGCAUCGGAACAACAGGCAACCUCUGUCUUGCACGAUCAGAUGAAGCUGAAAGAAGACCAGCUCUCCAAUGCACAGCAUCGUAUCAAUUCGCUCAACAGAACGGCACUGCUCUGGCGCAGCAGCGUGCCGACCAACGCGAACAAGAGCUUCGUGAGAAACUCGCUGGCGCCGAGCGAGCGGCAGUCGAGCAACGCGAACAACGUACAGCGACCGCAGAGUAUCUCGAGCAAUGGGAAUCGUUCGGUGCCGACAUUCUCGAGUCGAUCAAACACGAUUCACUCUAUGCAAACUACCCGAAUCCAUUCCCUCUGGAGUCACUACGCAAAGAGUUCUCGAAAUACAUCAAUACACUGAGGUAUGAAAGUGGACUGGCGAAUAUUCGCGCCAAUAUGUUACAACAACUUCUCGACACUGUAUGGCGUGCUCUCAAACUCCCACAAUCCAAACUACUUCGUAACCUAACCUCGACCGACACCAAAACCUUUGAAGACAGUAAACAACAACUUUUCACGCUAAUAACAGAAACUAUUAAACAUUAUAUAAAUAGAAGAUAA